ACUCAUUAUUGCCCUCUGCUCCCUAACAGGAUGUGUGGCCGGUUCCUGAGGCAGCUGGUGGCUGAGGAGAGCCGGCACUCCACCUCCGUGGGACGCCUCCUGCUCCCCGUGCUCCUGGGGUUCCGCCUCGUGCUGCUGGCUGCCAGCGGGGCCGGGGUCUACAGCGACGAGCAGAGUGAAUUCGUGUGUCACACCCAGCAGCCAGGCUGCAAGGCCGCCUGCUACGAUGCCUUCCACCCCUUCUCCCCGCUGCGCUUCUGGGUCUUCCAGGUCAUCUUGGUGGCUGUGCCCAGCGCCCUCUACAUGGGUCUCACUUUGUAUCAUGUCAUCUGGCUUUGGGAAGAGUCAGGAAAGGGGAAGGAGGAGGAGACUCUGAUCCGCCGAGGGGAGAAGAGCAGAGAUGCCUCCGGUCCUGGAAGCCCCAGGCUGCUCUGGGCCUAUGUGGCACAGCUGGGUGUGCGGCUGGUCCUUGAGGGGACAGCCUUGGGGGUGCAGUACCAUGUGUAUGGGUUCAAGGUGCCCAGCUCCUUUGCAUGUCGCCGAGAGCCUUGCCUUGGUAGUAUAACCUGUUACCUGUCCCGCCCGUUUGAGAAGACCAUCUUCCUAAAGACCAUGUUUGGGGUCAGUGGGCUCUGUCUCUUGUUCACGCUUUUGGAACUUGUGCUCCUGGGCCUGGGGCGAUGGUGGAGGGCCCGGAAGCACAGAUCUCCCCCUUCUAACUACUCCCCAACUUCAGAGAGCACCAGAAGACACAAGGAACCGACUGAAAACUUCCCAGCGGUGGAGACCAAAGAGCCGUUCCGAGAAGCAGGUGAGAAGAGCACUGAUGUCCCUCUUUCUUCCUGCUCCUGAGGUCUCUGUCCUGAUGACCUCCCAAGGCAGGUCCCUGGACCUCUGGGAGGCACACUUCCUACGUGUUACAAAAUAGAAAACCAGGUUCGAGGCAGAUGUCUUCUGACCGCUGCUGCUGACCCAUCUCCCAACCCUCAUCCCCUUCCGUUUGCCGAUUCCUUCCAAUGAACCAGGACCAGGGUUCUUAGCCAGCUGUACCUCCUGCCCUUCCCUUUAGGUUUCUUCCCACUUAGAAAAAGUCUCAGCUCCUGCUUGAUUCUCUACUUUGCAGAGUUAUGAAGCCACCUGGUUCGCCUCUGAAGGGAACUCUGCGAUUGGAUCUUCUUCCGAACAUCCAGUGAGUGGGGAUUUACUUCUGUGACAAAUGAGAGGCCGUUGAAGCAUCUCUAAGGGCCAUGGUGGGCCAUGCUGCCUAAGUCUUCCUGGGAGAUUUCCCCCUUGUGCCUUCCUGCCAGAAUCCUCUGGCAUCAGCUUUACAAUGAUCAUGGGCUUGGUUCCAGACUUAGCCAGCAGAAGCCUCCGUAAAGCUGUGCUU